AUGAUGUUGCCAACGGAAUGCUGUCCAUAUGGAAGUCACCUGGUACCCGCUGCGACCAUGCAAUUGCAUGUUGCACAGUGCAGGAAAAACUUUUUGGAGAGAAACCCAAAUGCCGAGUUUAUCCAGUAAGUUGCAAUGAUUUUGAGCCUUUUAUAGUCCGCAAAGUCCCGAUGGCGAUUUCAGCGGCAUGCACUAUGAAAAAAACAGAAGUUCACUUCGCACUGUGCAACUUCGGCUUUUCGCACAGUGCAAUAGGUUUUCUUGGGCCGUCGCGCGUAUUCUGACUUUUUUGCAUAUUGCAUGUCGCGAAAUCACUCUAACGACUUUGCGAACGAACUACGAGCUGUUUUUCUUAAGAUUACUGCUACUUUCAGUUGUGCUUACAAUCCAUCGCACAUGUUUCCGAGCUGCGAAAAGGACUUCCAUUAUGCGUACUGUACCACCAAAGCAGUGAUCAGCAAAGACGAAGAAGACAACGAAAAGGCUCCAACGUUGAUCGAUUUGUAA